CGAUUACCGAACGUGUUUAAUCAGGCCAAACCGAUCAAGUUGAACCGAUGGGGUAAUGGCGUCCGACCAGAGCUCGGCUAUAGAAAUAAAAGUUGGCAUUUUAACAGUAAGUGACAGUUGCCAUGCCGGCUCUGCAGAGGACGCCAGCGGUCCAAACCUGAAAAGCCUCACAACUACCUUGCUAAACAAUGGUGUGAUAGCUAAACAUGCGGUAGUUCCUGACGAUGUGGACCGAAUCAAGGCCAAGCUGCUAUCCUGGAGUGAUGUGGAACACCUGAACAUUGUGUUCACGACAGGAGGCACUGGUUUUGCACCCCGCGACAAUACCCCAGAGGCGACGAAAUUGGUUAUAGAGCGUGAAGCCCCUGGUCUGAUGGUAGCCAUGUUGAAGGCAUCACUUGAUGUUACGCCCAUGGCAAUGCUAUCAAGACCAGUAUGUGGCAUCAGAGGCAAGACAAUCAUUAUUAACCUGCCUGGGAGUAAAAAGGGCUCAGAGGAGUGUUUUCGGUUUGUGUUACCGGCCCUGCCGCAUGCAGUGAACCUACUCAGGGGAGACGUGCAGCAGGUCGCCACGACACACCGCCUCGUACAGGGGGAAACCUCGACUCUGAGAAGUGAAGCUAGUGGCCCUCGUGAAUCGAAAAGAACAUACGUACAUAGAACAUCACAUUCACAAACUGUUCAUCAGAAUCCCCAUCAACUGACUAAGUCCCUAUCAGGGCAUUUCGAACCACCAAAAUCACCACGUCACGUGAUGAACCAAAGUGAAUUGCUGCAAAAACGCCAGAGAGACAGCAGCAUCGGUAAAGAUGAUGUGAAUGACAUAAAGCGGCCUCGUACAGGGGCAGAGAGGAGUGUAUUUGCCGUCCCGGUGUGGGGAGGCUCCAAGCACUUGCACCAAGCUAGUGGUAGUAGAGUAGAUAAAUCCAAUACUCAUUCAAAUGUGCAAAAAGAUCUCAAUGAAACCCAGUCUCAUUCCAACAAAGCUCAACACAAUAUCCGUCCAUCCAAUACUCAAAACAUUCCAGAUAAUAGCAGUAUUUUUAUCAAUCAAGUCUGUGAUAAUGCAAAUGCUGUCAAUCAAAGUCCUCCUACUAGGCUAAAAGACAGCACUGAAACAUCAUCAGUAAAAACAUCUCAUAUAAGUUCUGAAAGAACAGCUGACAUUGACAGCUCUAGUAAAAAAACUGAAUCCUACAAAGACAAGUGUCCCAGCACCCCAUAUACACCAUUUACGGAUGCGGACUACAUCUGUACAUACACUCCUCUAGACCUUUUGCAACAUCAUGAUGAUACUGAUGUGGACAUUGAUGUAGCUCAAGAUGGCAACAAUGAUUCAGUGACUGCUGAUGAUGUUGGUCAUAAACUUGAUGCAUAUAUUCAAUGUAUGAGUGUUUCCAGCGUUGUUUCACAUUACGAGGACAUAUCAGAUGAUGAAAGUGAUAAUGUGGUGGAAAGAUCAGCCCUGAAAAAGGAUGAAACAAGAAAAAGUGACGAACAUAUUGAGAACAUGACGAAUAUAGUUAAUCAAGUUUCCCUUAUGGAGGAUCUGAACAAUAUGCCUGUACAUGACGACCAUAGCCCCGAGUGUGUUGAAAGCCUUUUAGAUAUGGCUGACAAUGCCGGGGAGUCUGGUCAGAGUACUACUGAAAAAAAGCAUGAAGGAACUGAUGUUGUUGAUGAUCAUGAUAGGAAAACUGAUGAAGAGCAUGAUAAAGAGAACAGUAAGGCUACUCGGGCUAGGAAAAAUAAAGCGUGGAAACAGAAGUAUAAGAUAGCCAAGAAUAUGAAGGAUAAGAGUAAUGCUCAAGCUAAGAAGCAGCAUUGUAAAGAUGGCAUGGUUUGUUUUGCUCAAGUUGGAAAAAAUGCAAAGUUAUGGACCAAGGAACAUCCAUUGAUUCGAGAUAUUUAUUUGAACAAAGGCAAGCGAGAAACAAAGAAAUCAUUAGUUGAAAUGAAAAGGCAGAACUCAGCUAAAAACAUCGAUAGCUACAUACGGAAGGGGAUUGUAAAUGAACGGAACAGGAUCGAUGAUUACUUUGAGUUUACUGAGGAAGGUAGAGCUAAACGACAGUUAUUGGAAGAGUAUGAGGCAAAAGAUGAGUAUGUGGUGAGCUGGUACAUGUGGUGUCCGGGACAUGGCAACUGCCUAAGGCGAUGUGGUGGAUACGGAAAAUGUGUGCCAGGUUGUCCUGGUAGUCGGCACAAGCAAGACCGGCACAACUGCUCCUUCCUGCUGUGCUGGAAGCUUUACCUCAGUGACCUAGACCAGUGGCGCAUCAAAUUAUCCGGGAGCCAUGUCCCUGUUGACUCCGGUGUUACGUGGGUGCCCCCUCACAAGACUCGUGUACGCAUGGACGAGGACACAUGCGAUGCCAUCCUUAAAUACUCAGAAAAGGAAUCAUCAGGAGUAGACAUUCAAAAAGCCAUUGCAGCAACAGAAUCUUCAUCAGCUCGCACCAUUCCAUCAAAAGUUAAGAUCAGCAGGUUUCUGACUCAUCAUAAAAAGAAGGUAUUGCAAAAGGAGAGAGAAUCUCAAGCGUUAUUGGACUCCAUGGCAACUGAUAUUCCAUCCGUGAGUUCUUCUUUAAUGAGCCCUUACAGUUAUGGAGAACUAUUAAGCGUAUCCAGUGGAGAACCACACAGUGUAAUGAGCAUGGAACCAUCCAGUGUUUCAAGCUAUGACCCACACAGUGUCUCCAGCGGAGAACCCCAAAGUGUCGACUACAGUGAGCCGCCAAGUGUUGAGAUAUCUGAGCCACCCAGUGUUGCCAUAAACGAGCCAAUGAGUGUGGCCUACUCUGAUAUACAAGAACCAGCUAGUAACUACAGUUAUUACAGCGAUCUGUCCAGUAUUAGCGAUCCCCCGAGUGCAUACAGUGAACCACCUAGUGUGUGCUUUACUGAACCACCGAGCGUUUACUAUGCGCCUUCAAGUAUUGAUAGCCAGGCACCUCUCAGUGUGGGAACAAAUGAAUACGGACCACUCAGUGUGGGAUAUAGUGAACCUCCUAGUGUUUGCUAUAGUGAACCACCGAGUGUUGAUACGUAUGAUCCUCCGGAUGUGAACUCUGACGUUAAUAUAACAAUCAAUGAAGACCCGUAUGCCAACACCAGCAACACAAGCCAGGAAAGAAGUAUGGAAUCUCAAAAUUGUUCUACGAUCUCAGACAAUCAGACAGUCACAUCAAGUUACCCUGCAAAUGUUUUUACCUCAGAAUCUUCCAUACAAGCUACAAGUGAAAUUUAUGGCCAUAAUGACAGUACUGCAUCUUUCGCGGAUAAUAACUCCAAUACUAACACAAACAAUAGUUAUAGUACUUCAGAUCUCACUCAAAAUACCAUCCAGCAAGUUUUCAACCAGCAGACAAACAUUUUAAACAUUGUAGAUUCACCAAUGAACAACCAGAUCGGAAUCAUUCCUCAGAGUGCAAGCAUUCCCUUUGUGGGAACCAGUGUUGGAAUGAUGUCACUUCCCCUCUCCCAGGUUGCACCAACUGUUUCCUGUGCUGGUACCCAGCUCCAGUUUGUACAGCAGAUUGCUGCACCUUCAGGAGGGAUGCAGGUGCUGGGGAUCGGACAGGAUGGAAUGCCUUGUUAUGGAAACUUUGGAUAUUAUGUUUGCUCGGAAACUCAACCACCAGAUGUUGACCCACCAUGAAUGAAAACCAGUGUUAUAUCAUGAGUCUGAACCUUUUAUUAUUAUGUUUACUUUUAUGAAGUAAUUGACCAUCAUAAUGCUGUUUUGACAUUGUUAAGUCUGUAUCAAUUUUGCUUUCUGUUGAAAUGAUGAUCGCAUUUUUGAAAUGAAAGAUUUUUUUGCAUCAAAAUAGUAUUUUUGAAUUGGUAUGGAAAUAGGUGCAUUUUAAAGCAAAACACAGUGGCCAUUGGUAUUGCAGAUGACAAUAAGGUUACUUAAAAACUGUUCAUGAUUGUUUUUAAUGAUUGAACUGUUUUACAAGUGCAAUAUUGUAAAUGAUGUCUUACCAAUUUCAUGUGCCAUGAAUUUAUUUCCAAGUUCACAACUUGUUUACAUUUGCAAGGAUAGAUCAUAGCCACUUACAGUAAUGCCUUUGAGGAGGCAUUUAAAUUUUUGUGCUGUUUUAUUCUAUUGUUAUUUACAUGUAUAUUUAAUUUAUCUUUCAUUGUUUAUAGAAUACCGAAGGCUGGGACGAAAUUAUCUAGUCAGAAAUGUUUGAAUGUUUUCAAAUUAUGACCUUAAUGUGUUCAUUUACUGCACAAACUUGGGAUGUGAAAACAAUUAUGAAGACAUUUCAUUAUUUAAUACAUGUAUCUCAGUAUAUGGACCUUCGGUGCUUGUAUUUUGAAGAUGUGUUGAUGUUACAGUUAAUACUCUUGACACUUUUUCGUGCCAUAUCAUAGAAAUUAUAAUGCAAUAUUUGAUAUAGUGUGAAUUUUAUACUCAAUGUGUUUAUAUUUUUGUAUUUUAUAUAAAAUUAGAUUGGUUGUUAUUUGAAGAGUCUUCUUACGUGUUGUUAUUUUGUAGAAGUUUUUUAAAAUAUCAAAAUAUUGUGCAAUUAUUAACAUUUUAUAUGAUAGAUGUUUUUGUUUGCUUUUUAUAUGUGUAUUUAGAUAUUUUUAGAGAUUUGUUUUAAUGUGCUAUUAAUAUUUUGAUAAAAAAUAAAUAAAUUUUGUUUUCAAUUAAAAACCAUUAAACUUGCCUUUAUCAAAGAUCUGAGUCAGUUUUAUAAAUCAAUUUAUUCAUUUGAUGUGAAUAUAAAUACUGGAUAUGGUAUUUGUUCACAUGGGCCACAGUCUUCUGGAUGUAAUGCAAAUAAAACUUUGAUAACUUUGAAACUUUAUAAAUUACGAUGAACUUAUUGUGAUAUUGAACUUGAACAUUUUUUUUUCAAUUCCUUUUUUAAAUUUUUUUUUUACUGAAUUUUCUUGUUAUGAUCAAAUAUUUCUUGAUUCUCUUUAUUAAAUGUUAACAAAUGUGUAAUUACUCCAGAGUAAAGCUAUUUUGGUUUGAAGCAUUAUUAUAUAAGAUCUUAAUUCACAGUGACAUUAAUAACAUCUUAUAAAGUAGGUGUUUUUAGAUUCUUAUUAUAUGCAUGUUGAGAUAUUGAUGGCAUAUACAUUUCAGAAGUGCUAAAUAUAUAUAUAUUAAUCACCAAGUUAUGAAGUAUGUUUGCAAUAACUAGCUUGCCUUUACAACAGAUCUGGGUCCAGUUUAUGAUAUUUCAUUCAUUUGUUGUUCAUAUCAAUUUAACUUGUGUUAUCAAAACUCAUAUUUUUUUCAUUUCAUCUUUUGUGCCAUGAUUUUUUUAUAAAGAGCUGGGCUCCCUUCCAAGAAAGUAUUUUAGUGGUAACUUUUUUCGUUACAACUUUUCUUUUGUAACAUUUUUGUUUAGAAACCCUACAAAUAUUAACUUUUUCUAAUUUCGUUUUCAUAUUUCUAAUACUAGCUUCCUUUUCAACUUUAAUACAGGCCUUUGCUUAAUUCACACAGAUUAAUAGCAAGCAAUCAAACUCUUUUUUAGCUUGUCUGAUUUUUGAAUAAAAAAGUUAUUGUUUUUGCCUCUGUGUAGUCAGCAUUGUUGAGUGCAAAAUCUUUAACCUUGAUCAUAGUAGCUCAAAAACAAUUCGAAAUGUUCACAUGAAACUUUGAAUGAUACAUAUAAUGCUUCUUACUAGCCUUUCCCUCUAUCCGCUGUAUUAUUUCAUUUUAUUUUUUUGUUAUUUUUCUUGCUUUACUGCUACUUUGCUCAAAUCUUAAUCAAAACUUUAGUUCAUGUUACGUUUGUAUCUUUCAGAUAAUCAUUUUACUUUAUCUUUCUUUUAAAAUUAUUUUGACAAUCUUCGCAGUGUAAAAUCAUUUUGUAGUUAGUUAUGAAACACCGGUUAUAGUGGUUGGUAAUCUUAGUUUGUUAAGGAUUUAUUUUUUACAUCAGACGAAAUAAAAUAAAAUUUAUUGUUAUACUCAAUAACUUCAAAUACAGAUAUCCUUUUUUCUGAUAUUAAUUGUUUUUAAAGUAGUUAAAGUUGUAGAUAUAGUUUGUUUAUGUUUGUGUUUUAAAUGUACAUAUAUAUGAUAGUCACCAUGAGCCAGUUGAACUGUGUUCAUGUAGUUGACUUGAUAAUAUUCUUACAAAUACCUCACUUUUUGUUAGAUUUAGAUAUUUGUAUUGUUGUUAAAUUGUAUGCAUAAAACAGUAGUUAUACUGUAUGAAUACUUUCAAGUUUGUGUUGGUAGUUUAUGAAAUUAUCAGCCAACUUGUUUGUAUGAUGUUGCUGCAUUUUAUAGUUUGUUUUGUUACAUACCGGUAUUGCAUCGAAUGACACAAUUGUACUCACUCAUGUUGUAGGUUUAUCAUAUAUACCAUUGCAUGGUCAAAUUAUUUUUUUUUGGGGGGGAGGGGGGCAUUUAAAGCCAUAUAUAUAUAUAUAUAUAGAAUUAUUAGACAAAGGGUAACGGGGCCAUUUUAUCACAAAGCGUAGCAUAUGACUGAAUUUUCGAAACUUGGUUGUAACACAAUUUUUUUUCAAAACAAAUAGGUUAAAGAUUACACUUAUUUUUUUCAUUUUAUCCUUAAAAACAACAAUCUGUGUAACAAUCUGUGUUUAGGACAGCGCGACCCUACCUGGCAAAACCAAAAAUUUUGUUUGACCCUAGUUAAAAAAAACAACAUAAUUUUCUAUAGGCAUUAUAAGGUAAAAUGAAUUAUUAUUGUUAAUUUGAUUUCUGACACUUGCCUACUAUUUAUUCAAAUUUUUAGAUCUUAUGAUAUUUUUGCAAAUUCUUGUUGACAAGAUCUGUGGCAAUAGUUUGUAUUUAGGUGCCUUAUUUAUGAAAGUACUCGAAAUUGGUACCAGGUAGAGAUACAUCCGUAAAUCCUGAUUUUAGUUCUGUACAUUUAAGAUUAUCAUUUUGGUUCACCUUUUAAAAGAUUUUAGGAAUUAUUUUAUUACAUCUAAAAGGUAUAACCUUCAGAAUCUCAUUUUGUGCCAUAUUAUACAUUAGAAUCUCGAUUGAAAAUGUUGUGUUUAAAUAGCAUUUACGUCUGUUACAGUAACAGUUAUUAACUGUGUUGUUAUGAUCAUUGUUUUAGAUCUUCAUGAUAAUUUUAAAUUAUCGUAAGUUUCAGUCUUUGAAUUUAACAGUUCAGUAAUAUUUUAUAAUAUACAAAUCAUUUUGUACUCACUGUUUGAAUAAAUGAAAAUGUCUAGAAAAAAUAAUUAAAAAAAAUGAAAAUAAUGGGUCAAAAUAUUUCCAACAAUCUCAAGAUUAGCCUCAUUGAAUACAAAGUAGUAAAUAUAGAAAUUAUAAAUGUGGAUAUUAUUUUAAAAUUAUCUAGCAUAAAACAACUUCUUGAAUACAUUUGAUAAACUAAUAAAUUUCAGCAGGUUUAGAUAUUUAUUUGACUGACUAUUUGUUACAGUGUUGAAUUAUUUGACUGGAAUUAUGUUAAAAUGAUAUACUGCAAUAUUACUGCAAUACCUAGCCUUGACCUUGUUGUAAACAUGGUAAAAUCAAGGUUGAAGUUAUUGAAGUCAUUGGCCUUCCAUGACAUGUGUUUAUUUUUGUAUAAAACUCUAUUGAGGACUAAUAGGUAACGUAUGAGGAGCUUUUUAUAUGGCAAACUCAAAUGAUGUUACCUUUUCAGUUUUCUAGAGUUUUGAAAAUUUUAUAAAAAAAUACAGAAAAAUACAGAAAUAAAAAGAAUUUGAAAUACA